GAAGAAGAAGCCAUGAGCUGUAUUUCAGUUUGUUGAACUCACAGAAAUAUUGAUUGCGAGUUGUUCACACUGUCGCCAGCGUUCACAUGCUCUCUGCAGAUAGACUGGCCAGCCCCCAGAUAGACUGCAAACGCGCUACUCCCGCUGAACCAUAAUUUCCGCGAUUUUUGACACUUCCGCGUUGCCUUCGUUUUUCGGCCCCGCAGGUUGUUGGAAGGUUGUGAUUUCUGCAGGAUAAUGGCGUGGAUUAGGAAAACUUUCUGCAUGGUUGACUUUGUGUAACAUUUUUGUGUAACAGUAGAGGAUGUUUAACACUUUUACAGCUGUACUUUGAACCGAAUCAUCCCAUCGAAGUAUUACAUGGGCUUUGAGAGUCAAGCUUUUGUGUUUUAUUAACCAGCCUAGAAGUUGAGCUGAUUCACGGUGUUGCUGCGCUUCUUCAUUGUUUCGUGUGAACUCUUCUCAUGAAGGAUCAACCUGUGCAAGUUCACUAACGUAAAGGCAGAGUUACUUUCGUCAUGCAGCUGGUGAUCCGUCGGUACCGUCCUGCAGACAAGGACACAGUGCUCACCCUCUUCAGUACUGGCACCUUGGAGCAUAUCCGUCCAUGUUUCUAUAACGCCAUGACCAGUCCCCUUUACCUCACCAUCACCCCGACUCUGUGUGUUGUUGGUUAUCUCCUUGGCUCUGUGUUUGGGGCUGUACUGUUCCCAGCAGCUUGGGUAGGUCUCAUCUACUACUGCUGUCAUGAAGUAUAUGCCACCGUCGUCAGGGUGAGACUUCGCAACGACAUGCAGGACAUCCCUGGGAAUUUCCUCAGCAGACCUGAUGACUGUUUCUGGGUGGCUGAGGCUGAGGUUGGAGCGAGAGCCCAGGUUGUUGGUAUGGUGGCUGUGGUAGCUAAACACAGUGGGACAGAAAAGUAUGGGGAAAUGUUCAGAAUGAUCAUUUUCCCACAGUAUAGACGGAUGGGCCUCGGCUUUAGGUUGACUCAGACCACGGUUGACUUCUGUAAAGAACGGGGCUUCUCCAAGGUGGUGUUGCAGACUACCUCCACCCAAAUGGCAGCCGUGGUUCUGUACAGCAAAGUGGGGUUUAACCGUGUCCUGUCUAAUGUCAAAGGACUGGCAGCUCCCUGGAUCAUUUCACUGGCCAGGGUCACGAUUAUAAGGAUGGAAAAAUACUUGUAAAUCAAAAAUAACACUCAUCAGCAAUGUGUUGUUUUCACGCUUUGCUCCUCUUUAACAGUGGUUUAAUAUUUGGCAAUGGUUAAACCUGACUGUAAUCAAAACGUUGUUCAGGUGUAACUUGAAAAAAAUGCCCAAUCUGUUAUAUACUUUAGGACAAAGCACUAUGAACAGAUCUGAAAGUAAGGAGCAAGAUGUUGUUACUAAAACCUGGUUUCCUCUUUAUAGAGUACUUUACAUAUUCUCUGACUACACCUUAAGCCCCCCAAAAAUUGUCUGUUAACAACAUAAGCCCAAUUAGCAGCUCCAGUCCUGUGAACCAAGAUUUAACAGUUAAUCCUUACAUUGUGUACUUUUCAGUGACGAUUAGAAUAAUUUAAUGUAAUCAGAUGUACUGACCACUUUCAGCUGUAUUCAUUUAAAAAAGAAAGAAAGAAAUGUUUUAAAAUGUCAUAACUGAGAUACAGUACACACAACAUAUUGUAAGCACAUGAUACAAAGAUACAUGUCGUAAUAAUAUUAAUAAUAAAACCAUUAACUUUUAAAAGGUAAACGUAGAGAAUUUAUAUGCAUCAGAGUGGACUUAAAAUUCUCAUUAAACUCUUCCAUUGUUUUACACCUUUUUUCCUUGAUGUAAUCAGGAUAACUGAGAUAUUUGCUUAUGAAAUGAAGACAUGAUUAUUAAGACUGAUAAUGUUGAAAAUUUAAAUCACAAAUCUAAAUUCAGUAUGUUGUGCCCCAGCCUGUACUGUAGAUGUGAAUGUGAACAGCAGAGGACACUAUUGAUCUAAGUAACACUGAAGCUCUUUUGAUGAAAAUCAGUAUUUACUGAUAUUGUACUGUAUUUACUUCCUUUUAUACCAGAAAGUAUUAGGAGUUUAAAAUAUGUGUGCACCAACAACAGUGCUGGGAAGUAAAUACAGUACAUUUGCUAAUAUGCUUUGUGAACUCAAGUUUUACAUCUAGAA